UCCUCUUCCGUGACCCCCUCUCUAUCCUCCUCCUCUUGUCUGUUACAGGGGCAGUUUCAUCUUAACAGUAUGCACAAGACAGGGGAUGUAAUGCUUGGUGGGCUGUUUCAGGUCCACUUCUUUUCUAUCUUUCCUGAACUGUCCUUUACCAAGGAACCACAGCAGCUCACAUGCCAUGGUUUUGAUAUUUUAGGGUUUAGACAGGCUCAGACAAUGAUCUUUGCUAUUGAUGAAGUCAACAGAAACUCCAAACUGUUACCCAAUGUGACUUUGGGGUACAGUCUAUAUGACAACUGCCUCACUCUUGGAGUUGGAUUUCGUGCAGCACUGGCAUUAAUCAGUGGUCAGGAGGAGCAAAUUAUAUUGAAUGAGACCUGUGAAGGAAGCCCUCCUGUUCUGGGGGUUGUGGGAGACUAUUUUUCUACAUGCUCUAUCGCCAUCUCCACCAUUUUAGGUUUGUACAGAGUACCUAUGGUGAGUUAUUUUCCCACAUGGGCCUGUCAAAGUGACCGGCAGAAGUUUCCAUCCUUCUUUAGGACAAUCCCAAGUGAUGCUUUCCAGGUGCGUGCAAUGAUUCAGAUACUGAAACACUUCGGCUGGACCUGGGCAGGUUUGCUGAUAAGUGAUGAUGAUUACGGGCUGCACGCUGCCCGAUCCUUCCAUUCUGAUCUGGGUGUGUCUGGGGGAGGCUGUCUAGCCUAUUUAGAAGCUUUGCCCUGGGAAAAGGAUUUGAUUGAAUUUCAAAGGAUUGUUGAUGUGAUGAAGAAAUCCACAGCUCGUGUUGUUAUUGUGUUUGCACAUGAGGGUCAGAUCAUUAAUCUCAUGGAGGAGGUGGUGAGACAGAACUUGACGGGUCUUCAGUGGUUGGCGAGUGGAGCCUGGUCCACUGCUGCCGUGCUUCAGACAUCUGACUUAAUGCCAUUCCUUGGUGGCACGUUGGGCAUUGCUAUCCAUCGAGGAGAGAUCCCAGGCCUCAGGGAUUUCUUGCUACAAACACAUCCUGAGCUACAACACGACAACAGCUAUGGAAAUAACAUGGUCAACCAGUUUUGGGAAUUCACAUUUCAGUGUAGAUUUGCACCAACUCCGUCAGGCUGGGUUGAGAAUGGUGGAAAGGUUUGCUCAGGAGGCGAGGAUAUAGAGACAGCAGAGACUGGUUUCUUGGAUGUUUCUGAUCUCAGGUCUGAGUACAACGUUUACAAAGCUGUGUAUGCACUGGCAUAUGCCCUUGAUGAAAUGCUAAAGUGUGAACCAGGGAAAGGGCCUUUUAGCAAGAAAAGCUGUGCCACUUUGCAAACACUUGAACCAUGGCAGCUUGUGUAUUACCUGGAAAAGGUUAAUUUCACCACGUCAUUUGGUGAUCAAGUGUCAUUUGAUGAGAAUGGUGAUGCUUUACAAAUAUAUGACAUUAUAAACUGGCUCUGGCUCCCUGAUGGACAGACGAAAGUUCAAAAUGUUGGAGUGUUUAAAAUGUCUGCUUUCAAUGGUGUACAGCUCACACUUGGAGACAAAAUCUUCUGGAACUUUGAAUCCAAAAAGCCACCUAAAUCAGUGUGCAGCAACAACUGUCCUCCAGGUACCCGUGUGGUGAGAAAGAAAGGGGAACCUGAUUGCUGUUUUGACUGCAUCCCUUGUUCUGAAGGAACGAUCAGUAAUAACAGUAAUUCCUUGGAGUGCUUUGGCUGUCCAGAGGAUUUCUGGUCCAGCCCCCAGCGAGAUCUCUGUGUUCCCAAGAAAACAGAGUUCCUCUCCUAUGAGGAACCUUUAGGGAUCUGUUUGACAACAGCGUCACUGCUGGGCACAUUCAUCUGCACUGUUGUUCUAGGGGUCUUCAUUUAUCACCGCAGAACACCGAUAGUACGUGCCAACAAUGCAGAACUUAAUUUCAACCUGUUGCUUUCUCUUAAGUUGUGCUUCCUGUGUCCGCUGCUGUUUAUUGGGCGGCCCAGACUGUGGACAUGUCAGGUGAGGCAUGUAGCAUUUGGGAUCAGCUUUGUGCUAUGCGUCUCAUGCAUCCUGGCUAAAACCAUGAGUGUUCUGGCUGUUUUCAAAGCACCCAAGCUAGCAGGGGGAGCCAGACUAAAGUGGUUUGGUGUUUCACAGCAAAGAGGAACAAUUCUAGUUCUCACUUCUAUUCAAGCAGCUUUGCUUGUCUCUGCCUCCCCUUCUCCACAAAAAAACACCAAAUACCACAAUGAUAAGAUAGUUUAUGAGUGUGUAGUCGGCUCCAUUGUUGGUUUUUCAGUGUCACUGGGAUACAUUGGCAUAUUGGCUAUUCUUACCUUUGUGUUAGCAUUUAUGGCAAGGAAUCUUCCUGACAACUUUAAUGAGGCCAAACUAAUCACUUUCACUAUGCUGAUCUUCUGCGCUGUGUGGGUGGCCUUUGUUCCUGCACAUGUCAACUCACAAGGGAAAUAUGCAGAUGCAGUGGAGGUGUUUGCCAUCCUGGCCUCCAGUUUUGGUCUUUUGGUGGUAAUGUUUGGACCAAAAUGUUGUAUCAUCUUGCUGAGACCAGAAAGAAAUACAAAGAAGGCAAUCAUGGGAAGAGGAGCAGAGUAAUAGAAUAGUGGCUGGUAAAAGUACAACCGGACUUUAAUGUACUUUAAUAAAAUGUUUGUGACACACCAAAAAAUAAAUAAAUGAAAAAAGAAAUAGUGGCGUAACACUGUUAUGUGAUCUUUGAAUGGGCCGUUCUAAGAUAAGGUUAUGCUUUGAUCUAAGGCAUUACAUUUUCCCCAGUCCACAUACGUAUAUAGGGUCAUUGUCCUGAUGGAAGGCAAACCUCCGCCCCACUCUCAUGGCCUCUGCAGCCUCCAACAGGUUGUGUUUCUGGAUUGUCACGUAUUUAGCUCCUACCAUCUUCACAUCAGUUUUUCCCAGCUUCUCUGUAUUUGCUGGAAGUAAGAAAAUCCUCACAGCAUCAUGUAGCUCUCACCAUGUUUCACAGGGGCCAUGGUGUGUGUAGGCUGAUAUGAGGUGUUAGCUUUUCACCAGGCAUGAUGUCAUCCAUGUAGGCCAACAGGUGAUAUUUUUUUUCCUCUGACCAGAGCACUCUGCUCUACAUGUUUGCAGGUAGCAAACUGCAAAGUGGACUUAAUUUUUAAGCAGUAAAAUGUCCUUCUUGCAGCAGCUGAUCCAAAAUGCUGCAGCAAGAGUUCUAAUGAAAAUCAACAAGAGGGAUCAUAUU